AUGGCAUUGAACAUUCAAAAUGCUUUGCAUGGAACAGAUGAAAUGGAAGAUGAAGUUAAUCAGACGAUCGAGUCUUUGGAUUACGCAAAUAAGCGGAUGAAACGGAAAUCUUAUCGUCGUUAUUCGAGAGCGAUUCGAACGCAAGCAGAAGAGGAUGAAGAACGACAGAAAAUUCUCAUGGAAGCACUUCACGGUGGUAACACCAAAAAAGCAGCACAAACCGAUAAAGACAAUGAGAUGCGUAAGGCAGAAGCUAUCAAAAUUGCACUGGCAAAAGCAAAGCAAUUGGCCGCACGUGCUUUCAAAGAGGACAUCAUUGAUCAACUAUCAAUGGCGGUUGAACAACAACCAAUAUUUCAUGCUGGGACAAUGUUGGAUGCAAGUGCUCGUGUAUAUUCGUUUCGAGUGGAUGUGACACAUUCGGAAGCGUGUGAUGUUCGUAUGAAACUCGGCGACCCCACAACUAGUAAUAAGGCAAAUGAGGGUGGUAAACAUCAAGCGGAUGAGAAGCAUGGCCACGGUUCAGAAGGUUCAGAUAUGGACACGGAUAUUGACGCUUCAUCGGACGAUGGGCCGACGACUCAGAAACAGGCCACGGACAAGGAGGAUCGUAAGAAACGCGGCCUUAAAGACGGCGCUAAUCGUCUCGAAGAGGAUUCAGACAUCGAAGCAGACGAAGAGCACACACCAGCGAAUCUGGAUGACUUGGAGGACUUCGAUGAUCUGGAAGCAACUGAGGAGUCUGACCCGGAGAAUGAAGAUAUCUUAAUGGAACCGGAACAGUUGAUGGAGAAGUUCAGGAAGAAGGCUGAUAGCGCACAUGCGAAAUGCAUGAAACGACGUAAUAAGGUAUCAAUGGUAACAACGGAUACGAAUGAAUUGGACGAUCGUGAAGAAACCGCACAGAUGUGUGCACAUUUGUACAGUAAAGCGACGCAUAAUUUUGAUGAGGGGUCGACGAGUGGUUUAUUGAUGCAAAAUAUCACUAUUGGUAAGCAUGGACGACGGCUGUUAUUGCAUAACGAUGUGAAGUGUCCACCGGAUCCACCGAGCGAGAAGGUGAACGCAGACGACUUGCUACCGUUCUACGGUUUGAUGAAUGAUAUCGAAAAAGCAGAACCGCCGCCUAGUGCCACUAUAUUUGGUGAUGACGAUGCGUCCACUUCACUUAUGGUUGACCCGACAACACAGUAUGAUGAGACACAAGCAUUCCUCGGUGCCGAUGGUAACGCUACAUUCGCUGUUGAGCCGAGUCUGACUGUUCCGGCACAUUGUGCUCUCUUGAAGACAAUUAAAGAGUCAAUGAAAAAGAAUGUUCCACGUUCACCAAAGGAUUUUCUCUUCUUCAACAGACUUCGGUUGCAACGUAAAUUAGGCAUAACUUCGGGGAAAUUCAUGAAAAUCUUGAGUUCAGUGAAAGAAGUGGAACCAGCGUUGUAUUCGUCGCUUGUGCACGCAAUGUUUACAAUACCUCAACGAAGCAAGAUCCAUGCAGAUAGCUCUCGACGUUCGAUAGAUUCACAAAAUUGGAUUGGUAACGCUGUGAUCGCAGAUGAG